AUGCUCCGCCUCCUCGUCGCUGCGCUACUCAGCGUGCCCGCUCUCUCCGCGCCGGUCGCGACGCCCAACUUCGAGGUCAAGCUCUCGCUCCUCCCCGCCGCUCUUUCCUCCGGCAAGCCCUCCUCCGAGCUCGUCUCCGCCUUUGCGCUCGAAUCCUCCUCCGAAGAGCGCACCUACGCCUAUUACGACACGGACGAAAAGGCCCUGAACGCGGCCGGCUGGGCCGUCCGCCUCCGACACAAGGAGGGCAAGGACCUCCAGCUGACGUACAAGAAGAGGUACCCCGUCUCUGACCUCUCCUCCGCGCUGUCGCAGGCCAAGGACGAAGGGUUCGACUCCAGCGACACGAACUACGAAGCCCAGGUCGACUGGAGCUACGGCAAGCAGGUUCUCUCCUUCUCGAACGAGAAGAAGACCUCGUCUUCUGGAUAUUCGGGCACUUCGCUCCCGGAUGGUGGAGCCGGACUCCAGCUCCUCGUCGACAAGAUUCCCGGCAAGCUUCAGGACUGGCACAGCAAGGAUUGGGGCAAGAGCACGCUGAAGAGCUCGCGCGAGCACGGCCCCGUCACCUCGAGCGUGUGGGACGGCACGUUCGAGGGCGUCGAAGCCAGCGUCGAGGUCCUCCCCGUCAAGGCCGCCAGCGGCAGCGGAACUGAGCUCUACACCGAGUUCUCGUUCAAGGUCAACGACGAAGCGACGGCUAAGAGCCUGAGGGACAAGGCCAUCAAGCUCGUCGAGGGCAAGGGAUGGCUUGACAAGGAUGGAGACCUCAAGACCUCCAUCGUGCUGGAUCGGUACUAG